AUGGAGGGAGAGUCGUGGUACAAUUCGCUGGUGCCUCGCGUCGUCGCCAGGGACGAGCCGUCGCCGCCGCCGCCGCCGCCGCCGCCGCCGCAGCAGCAGCAAGCGCACCGCCGCCGCGAGAGCCUGCUGCGCCAGCCCAACGAGAGCAACGCUGACGUCGCGCGCGCAGGAGGCAUCCCCGAGGCCGCAGAGGCGUCCGACGCCCCCGCGACGCUCCAUGGCCCCCCGCGGCCCUCGGUCGCGCGUCGCGCCAAGUCCCACAGCGACUUCUACUCGGCCAAGCGGGAGACGGCGCUGGCGCGACACGGGUCGCGCGAGAAGAUGGGCAGCGGGCUCGACCUGCCCGACGUCGGCAGGAAUAUGGCCAGCGAGCUCGAGUCCGCCGGCGUCGGCAGGAACAUGGCCAGCGGGCUCGACCUGCCCGACGUCGGCAAGAACAUGGCCAGCGAGCUCGACCUGCCCGACGUCGGCAAGAACAUGGCCAGCGAGCUCGACUUCGCCGCCUGGUACGCCGGCGUCGGCGACGCGCUGCUCGAGGCCAGCCACGACGCGUACAGCGCCCACCAGACCCGGCUGCGCCUGACGCGCAGCCACCUCGGCAACAUCAUCGCCGACACCAACGCGACCCUCGCGACCCUCGCGACCCUCUCCGACGCCUUUCGCACCGUCGAGGCCCAGACGACCGCUUUCCGCGAGCAGUGCGAGGGCUUGAUCGCCGACCAGACGCGCAUCACAAAGGUCGCAGACGACAUGGAGCAGAACCUGCGCUACUACGCCUAUCUCGAGCCGACCACGAAGCGCCUCAGUGCCCCCGGGGCAAGCAAGACGGUGCGCGGGAGCGACUUUGCCGACAUGCUGGCCAAUCUCGACAGCUGUCUCGAGUACAUGCAGCUCCACGCCAACCACCGCGAGGCCGAGACGUACCGUGCAAAGUACAAGCUGCAGCUCACCCGCGCCCUGACGCUCAUCCGCGUGCACUUUACCGAAGCACUGCGCGAGAUCGCCGCAGACGUCGCCAAGAGAAUCGCCGACCGCCAGCUAAACGACACCACCAUGUCUGCGCUGCUGUACGCAAAGUUCCGCGUCGGCGCCCCGGAGCUGAAGACGCUGGCCCUGGAGAUACAGAAGCGGGCAGUCGUGCCCGCAGGCGCCGCGCCAGGCGCAGAGGCCGAGUACCAGAGCCUGGCCAACGAGCUGUACCAGAGCUACUCGGCCACCCGCGGCCGGCUCAUGUUGCCCGUCGUGGCCAAGAAGAUGAGCGAGAUGGCGCUGGCGCCGAGCACGUCCAAGGACCUGGUCGCCUUUGCUCGCAGCAGCAUCAGCUACAUCCGUGGCAUAUGCAUCGACGAGCACCAUCUAUGGCGCGAGUGGUUCGACGGCGACGGCGGCAUGUACGACUUCCUCGACGCCAUGUGCGAGCCCCUCUACGACCACCUGCGCCCGCGCACCAUCCACGAGACUGAGAUUUUGAAGCUCUGCGAACUGUGCACGCUUCUGCAGACCCGCUACAUGGACGACGACGACGACGACGGCGACGACGACGGCGACGACGACGGCGACGGCGGCGACGAAGAGUCACCAGUGGAAGCCAACAAGCUCGACUUUUCUCUCCUGGUCCAUCCGGCGCUCCAAGACGCGCAGAACAGGCUCGUCUUCCUGUCUUUGGCCGUUUUGCGAGACGACAUUGAACGCUACAAGCCGAAGCCAGAAGACCUCGACUACCCUGCGACGAACAGGAAGCUGGCCGGCCAGGGCGCCAAGCCAAACCAGCCGGUGCUCUCAGGCAGGAAGCAGGCGAGACCAGACAUCCCGCCCACGCCCAUGGUUGUAGAGGAAGACGAUGCAGCUUCGCGUUGGAGCUUCAGUACGGAAGCUGCCUUCAAAGACUGGUAUCCCACGCUGCGGAAAGCCAUCUGGCUGCUCAGCAAGAUCUACCGUCUGGUCCACUCCUCGGUCUUUGAUGAUCUGGCGCAUCGCAUCGUCCACGGCACGACCAUGUCGCUGGCACAGGCGAGUGCGUUCAUCUCCAAAUCGGCGUCACCGACAGACGCGGCGCUCUUCCUCAUCUCACAUCUCCUGCUGCUCAAGCAGCAAAUUGUGGCGUUUGACAUUGAGUUUGUGACGCCAGAGACGGACAUCAAGUACGACAUCUGGAGCGUCACAAACACCUUUUGGGAGCUGCGCGAGCGAGGCGGCCUGUUCAACCCCCGCAACCUAGUCGGCCUGCUCAUCCCCAAGGUCGUCGACAACAUGCUCGACGCCAAGGCCGAAGUAGACGCACGACUACGGCAGGCCAUCAACGACUUCACCGGCCAGUUUGUCGCGCGCAUGGUCGCCCCCAUUGACGCAAAGGGCAGCAAGAAGCUCCCAGUCGCCGAGGCUCCCGCGCGCACGGCCAAGAUGCGGCAGAACAUGGAGCAGGAGACGCCGUUUCUGCGCGCCAAGCUCGAAGAGUACAUCACGGACGCACGCACCCGCGAAAUGCUGGUAGCCGCCGUCAUCGAGUCCGUCACCCAGACCUACGAAGACUGGUUCGACACAUCCUACACCCCCUCUGUGAACGGCACGAACGGGACGGCACGGAGCGGAAAGGGCAAGGGCCGGGAAGACGGCGUCUGGGACCCUGACGUCUUCAACGAGUGGUGCGCAAAUACCUUUCGCGUUGGCACGCUUGGUCUCGGCAUUGUCGACGGCGACGCAGAUGGCGAUGCAGACGGCGAUGCAGACGGCGAUGCAGAUGGCGAUGCAGAUGGCGAUGCAGACGGCGAUGCAGACGGCGAUGCAGACGGCGAUGCAGACGGCGAUGCAGACGGCGAUGCAGACAGCAUGGGCGCCGUUAGUGAAAGGACCGGCACAAUGCGCACAGGCACUACAGGCAGAGGCUUGAGCAUCAGGUAG